UAACCGUCUCCGUUCUUUAAAUUCGUGACAAUGACUGGCCGUGGUAAAGGAGGAAAAGGAUUGGGAAAAGGAGGAGCCAAGCGUCAUCGUAAAGUUCUUCGUGACAACAUCCAGGGAAUCACCAAACCAGCGAUCCGUCGUCUGGCUCGUCGUGGUGGAGUCAAGCGGAUCUCCGGUCUGAUCUACGAAGAAACCCGUGGAGUUCUUAAGGUCUUCCUUGAAAACGUCAUCCGUGACGCAGUCACCUACACCGAGCACGCGAAACGUAAGACCGUCACCGCCAUGGACGUUGUCUACGCUCUGAAACGUCAAGGCCGUACUCUUUACGGUUUUGGAGGUUAAUUUCAUCACUCGACUCUGCUUAUAUCAAUCAAACCAAACGGCCCUUUUCAGGGCCACCAAAUUUUUUAUACGUAACAAAUCAAUCAAGUUUUAUUAAAUCCCCUAUAAAUCUAGUUUAAUUGAAAUUAUUCUCUAUCCUCAAUUUGAUUAUUAUUAUCCAUGUCCUAAAUCCUAACCUUAUAAAAUGUCGG